CACCACGGAGACGCAACACCAAGUGAAGGGUGCUCUCCUUCUGGAUAUUGUAGUCGGAGAGGGUGCGGCCGUCCUCGAGCUGCUUGCCGGCGAAGAUGAGGCGCUGCUGGUCAGGGGGGAUGCCCUCCUUGUCCUGGAUCUUUGACUUCACAUUGUCGAUAGUAUCGCUGGACUCCACCUCAAGGGUGAUAGUCUUGCCCGUGAGGGUCUUCACGAAGAUCUGCAUGAUUGCCUGCUGAAGUGUGAGGAAGUGUGUCAGACGCCAAAGGAAAUUCUCUCCCGAAACGAAAAUGUUGCGUGGGGUGAAGUGUGGAAAGUUUGGCAAGCGCCCGCGCUCCAAGCUUUCCCGGCCACAACGCCGGAAAACUCGUGCUCGGGGGCGCUGCAAGCUCGGGAGAACAAGAUUGGGCAUCGUCAGGGAACAAGUGCAAGGAACUGCAGAGCACAGCGAAAUCGCAACAUCGUGCAGACGUACCUAGACACAAGUGUCUUCCUCAGCAAUCUGUAGAUGGUGUGAAGGUGGUGCUUGAAGGAGAGCGGAAUGGUAGGAAUUUCGAGGCGCGGGCUUGAAG